AUGGCCACGGCCAACGGUGCCAAGGUGGACCCAGACACCCUGCAGGUGCUUCAGGACACGGCCAAUCGUCUGCGAAUCCACUCGAUCCGGGCCACGUGCGCCAGCAACUCGGGCCACCCCACGUCGUGCUGUAGCGCGGCAGAGAUCAUGGCUGUGCUCUUCUUCCACACCAUGAGGUACAAACAGACCGACCCAGAGCACCCCGACAACGACCGCUUUGUCCUCUCUAAGGGCCACGCUGCACCCAUCCUUUACGCGGUUUGGGUGGAGGCGGGCAGGAUCUGUGAAUCUGACUUGCUGAACCUGCGGAAGAUCCACUGCGACCUGGAGGGUCACCCCACGCCUCGGCUAUCGUUUGUUGAUGUGGCGACAGGCUCCCUUGGGCAAGGACUGGGAGCUGCCUGCGGAAUGGCUUACACCGGCAAGUACUUCGACAAGGCCAGCUACCGUGUGUUCUGUCUCAUGGGGGACGGUGAGGCCUCAGAAGGCUCCAUCUGGGAGGCCUUGGCCUUUGCUUCCCACUACAGCUUGGACAACCUCGUGGCCGUCUUUGAUGUGAACCGCUUGGGGCAAAGCGGCGCUGCACCCCUAGGGCACUGCACGGACAUUUAUGAGAAGCGCUGCCAAGCGUUUGGGUGGAAUACUUACUCGGUGGAUGGUCACGAUGUCGAAGCUCUCUGCCAGGCCUUUUGGAAAGCAACCCAAGUCAAGAACAAACCUACUGCCCUGAUUGCCAAGACCUUCAAAGGGCGGGGUAUUCCAAGUAUUGAGGAUGCAGAAAACUGGCAUGGGAAGCCCAUGCCGAAAGAGAGUGCUGACGGGAUUGUCAAAUUAAUUGAGAGUCAGAUACGAACAGGCAAACAUCUCACACCCAAGCCCCCCGUUGAAGACUCACCCCGGAUCAGCAUCUGCAAUAUAGAAAUGACCUCUGCACCUGCUUACAGACUGGGUGACAAGGUGGCUACUCGGGAAGCCUGUGGCUUGGCUCUGGCUAAAUUGGGUCACACUCACAAGAGAGUUAUUGUCCUAGAUGGUGACACCAAAAACUCGACUUUUUCUGAAAUCUUCAGGAAAGAACACCCUGAGCGUUUCAUAGAGUGCUUUAUUGCGGAACAAAACAUGGUAAGUGUAGCGCUAGGCUGUGCUGUGCGAGGAAGGACAGUGGCUUUUGUUAGUACCUUCGCGGCCUUCCUGACCCGAGCGUUUGAUCAGAUCCGGAUGGGAGCCAUCUCUCGGGCCAACAUCAACUUCAUUGGUUCCCACUGCGGGGUAUCUAUUGGAGAAGAUGGGCCUUCCCAGAUGGCUCUGGAGGACCUAGCCAUGUUCAGAAGCGUCCCCAGCUGCACGGUUUUCUACCCAAGUGAUGCGAUCUCAACAGAACACGCCAUUUAUCUGGCAGCUAGUACGAAGGGCAUGUGCUUCAUUCGGACCAGUCGGCCAAAAACCACAGUUAUUUAUACUUCACAAGACAGCUUCGUGAUUGGACAGGCCAAGGUGAUCCGCCAGAGUGCAGAGGACAAGAUGACAGUUGUUGGAGCAGGAGUUACUCUACAUGAAGCCCUACUGGCUGCCGACAAGCUCUCUCAACAAGGUAUUUUUAUUCGCGUCAUUGACCCAUUCACUAUCAAACCUCUGGAUGCUGCCACCAUUAUCCGCAGUGCCAAAGCCACCGGAGGCCACAUCAUCACAGUGGAAGAUCACUACCGAGAAGGUGGCAUUGGGGAAGCUGUGUGUGCGGCCAUCUCCAGGGAGCCUGACAUAGUUGUCCGUCAGCUCGCAGUAACGGAAGUGCCGCGAAGCGGGAAACCGAGUGAACUGUUGGAUAUGUAUGGAGUCAGUGCCAGGCACAUUGUGGCAGCCGUGAGAGAUAUCCUAUCGAAAUAA